AUGGCCUCUCCAGCGCCGCAGGCCUACGGGAUCCACCGACAGGACAUCCAGGCGGCGAUGGCGAAGGCGGAGGAGCUUCGGGCUCUCCACGCCGCUCUCAUGAACGGCGGCGCCGCUAGCAGCCCUGCCGCCGCCCGGAUGUUGCCCGCAGGACCGUCGCCGUUCCUGGCUAGGGCUCCCCACCCGUUCGCCGCCGAGGACUACCCUGUCUUCACGCCGGUGAGUGUCCGGAGAACCUCUCCCACCCCCGUUGUUCUUCCCCCCCUUCCCCAUUCCCCCCAUAGUCAUGUUUUUGCUGCUAGUUCCCACUUUUCCUUGCCCCAAUAGAAGGCUGUACCUUUGCUCUUCACCUGCUCCAUUCCUCCUCCAUUCCCUUCCCUUGUUUAAUUUUGAAAUCCUCUUAAGAUUUGAAAUCCUCCUCCAUUCCUCCUUCAGCUAAUAAGUUGGCGAAAGAUUUGAAAUCCUCUUCAGAUGUGAUCUAAAAUAUUAGUUUCCGGAAAUUUCUGAUAUAUGGGUUUCACACUGAUGGUGGUCUCUUUUAUUUAUUAUUUAUUUAUUAAUUUAUCUUCUAUCUAAGUGCUCUUAAAUCCGUUGACUAGAGCUUAACAUGGGAUUUCUGCUUAGUUCAUAAAAACCCUUAACAUGAUCAAUUCCUCAUGGACAUAUUAGUUGGCUCAGGGGGAGAGGAAUUCCAUCCAUCAUGCACCGAUUUCCUCAUUUUAUUCCUCAUACGUAUGCAUAUACUUUUGUUAAUUCAAUCGGAUGAUGGAAUGCCUGGACAGAGCUAUGAAGAUCACUUGCCCGGGUAUCACCACUAUGCCUGUUCUGAGAGCCAGGCUCCAUCAGAGACCUUAAGCCGAGCUGGGCUAGAUGGAGGGAGACAUGAUGUCAAUGGAGAGCUUUUCUACAAUAAGGAAGUCAACUCUUCUAGGAUAAUGAACAGAGAAGAUCUGUUCUUCCAAGCUAUGGAUGGUCAACCCUUCCCAGGUUCCAGUGCUCUUCGGAAGAAAUCUCCUGGAACAGAAACCAUAGGAUCCAGUCGGAGAAUCGCCUCUGAAGAGUUCAAGGCGGUCUCUACGAGCAGGAAAUGCAGGCCAGCAUCCAUUGACCGGGAAAGAAACACGACCAGCAGAAACCAGAGGAAGAUGAUCCCCCCUGUCCAGGAGAUUGAUGCCCAAAGGAACAGAGGAGCAAUGCUGUCGCGGCUAUUUCCUCGAUUCAGGAGGAAACCCAAGUCAGAGAUGUCCCCAAACACGCUAGAAACUGAAGAAAUGUCCCAGCUUUUCAAGGACUGGGGAAUUUGCUCCCUGGAGACCUUGAAGAGGGAGCUGAUAGAGGCCAACGAGAACCGGGAUGUUGCCCUGGCGGAGGUCAGCGAGAUGAGGUCCUCCUUGGACGAGCUCAGGCAGAAACUUGUGCACCUGGAGACCUACUGUGAAGAGCUGAAGAAGGCCUUGAGACAGGCUGCCCAGGGAAAAGAUGCAAUCUCUGCAGAGAAACUCAGCUUCCCACGAAGGGCAAAUCCCUCUGGUGGUGAUGGUGGGGACGGCACGAUGCCCGUCAGCCAUGACGUCAUGGUGGAGGGGUUCCUGCAGAUCGCCUCAGAAGCAAGGCUGUCGGUCAGGCAACUCUGCAAGAUCUUGAUCACCCAGAUUGACGAGGCCGAUACCGACUUGGCGGAGAACCUGGAACUUCUCCUCCGUCCUCACCAUCUGAACCUAAAUUCUAGGCAUUCAAAGGGUCUGCUCUUCCAUUUCGAGGGUGUUGUCAACCGGGUUUUCUACGAGGACUUUGAGAACUGUGGGUUCGAAAGGAAUGGUUCCCCGAGGGCUCUCGAUCCGCAGCAAGAUCGGAUGGAGAGCUUCUCGGCGUUUGUGGCGCUGAGGAACCUGAGCUCAAGCAAAGCCCUGAGGAAGGGAACGAAGAGCUACUGCGAGGCCUUCAACAGGUUCUGCGACCAGAAAAUGAGUUCAAUCAUCUUGACUUUGGGCUGGUCGAGGCCCUGGCCUGACCACCUCGCCCAGUCGUUCUUCGUGGCGGCCAAGUGCAUCUGGCUGCUCCACUUGCUGGCCUUCUCCUUCAGCCCGCCACUUCCAAUCUUGAGGGUCAGCGAGCACAGAAGCUUUGACCCCGUCUACAUGGAGGAUGCUCUCGCAGACCGACUGCAAGCCCACAGUCCAUCACGGGUCAAGAUCAUGGUCGCCCCUGGGUUUUAUGUUGAGGACAGGGUGCUCAGGUGCAAGGUCCUCUGCCGGCACAAGUUGCCCAGUUAA